AUGCGCUCAACCUCACUCGUUUUCACCUUGGCCACCGCAAUCACUGCAUCGGCGCCUGACAAUUCUCCCCAUCACAACAAUCUGCAACCGAGGCAGAUAGCGGGAGAUGCAGAAUCGGGAGACUGCUCAGGAUAUGCGUUGAAUCGAGGCACUUGGGCUGAGCUGGGAAUCGACAACUAUCUUUUGCAUUUCCCUGGCGGGCAAAACCUCACACUCUUUGAUUACACUCGCUCAUUAAACGUCUUGAAUUUCGACUGUGGAGUCGGUAGAAUUUUGCCCGAGGGUGACGACAAGAAAAAUCUGAUCAACCUGACGAUUGGCCUUGUAUCUUUGAGUGGAGUGAUCCUACUCGCAUUCACCGCCACGCUCAUCGUCCCCAUACUGUGGAGAUUACUUGUUACGAUCUGGAACGCCGCCGGAAUCGCUUUGUCGUCGGUCGGUACCGCCGUAGCGGGUACUUGGGCGUACCUCACUACAUCCGGAGCCGAACUCGCUGCAGCAGAGACAUCCGAGGUCGCGGCUACUGCUGCCACCACCGCUGCAACAAGAGAAGCUGAAGAGGCUGCAGUGGCGGCGUCGUUAAAAACAACAGAUGAAGCUUUGGUGAAGGGCGCAGCAACAGGGGGACUACAAAAGCGUAGUCCCAAACACCACCAUAAAACCGUGACCCAUGAUAAAUUUCAGCUGUGGUCCGCCCUCAACGCCAAUCUUCAACAGUUUGAAGACCGAUUGCAAUCCAUCAUCGCGGUGACGGCCAAGCUAACCCUCUACUCGCCAAUCAGCUCGAAGGAUGGACUGUACGGAUCUCUGCAGAACGGAACUUUCCUGUCCGAUCAUCCACCAAAAGCGACCUUGGUUGACAAUGCACGAGACACGGUACAAUUGGGUGUCCUUGCCCAGCUCUUCAGAGUAAUGAAUGUAAUCUUUGUUAUUGAUACAAACCCAUGCAAACAAGAAGGGCCAACCACUCCAGUGAAAAACCCCGGAGCCGUUCACUUUUGCAGUUCUAGUGGAGUGAAAACGAGUUUAGGGAUGGUGACUGAGAAGAAAAUCGACUACGAGAUCCGUAACGGAAGACUGAUAUUUUCGAAAUACAGUUAUUCGACCGAAUUCCUUUAUCAGUUAGCUGCUGAUUGCCAAACUCAACGAGAGAACUUGGAUUUACCUCCGACCAAUGGCACGUUGACGAUGGCCAACCAUGGCUCGACAUUCUUGCAAAACGCCGGGAACGUCAGUGGGGCCAAUUCGGUGAACGGAUCAAGUGCUGAUAUGCCCAAUCAUCAAAACAACGCCACUCAAAUCAUCGCGGCUAACACUAAUUCUAACUCAUCCGCGAUCUUGUUGCCCGACGGCUCUUCGAUUUGCUCGUUUCCAAUCCCAAUUUGCGAUCUUAGAUUACCAGAAAUCAAAACCCGGAUCUCAGCAGGCGACUCUCCCGCGAAGGCUUGUAAACAAUUCCUCAAAUUACCUGAUGUUUCCUUUUGAUAUGUACAUAAAAAUACAAACAGUCAAAAAUGAGGGUUCCGUUUUUCAUUUUAAAUUAUUCCAUUGUACAUAACGCUUUUUUCAUUGGCAAAAUCCGAUGGAUGUUCCUUCCACUUUGAUCCACUUGCAGUUUUAUUUUCAUCGCAUUAUUCAACUUGUUUUCUUGUUCUUGUUCUCAGGGGAGGUUUCAUUUUUCUAGUUACAUUGAAAACAAACUCAUUUAAAACUCU